UGAUUCUAUUUCCUUUCAUCCCCAAAUGUUUCAGGUUUUUGAUCUUGUUAAUUCAUGCCAACUGCUCCAUGAAGUCUAUCUUUUUUCUGAAGAAGCACCUAUGCACAAGACUCAUUCUCUACUAGUAUCAAAGAACUCAGUAAAAGAUUAUGUUCUAUGUGCCUAUAGAAGCGCAAGCGAAGCAAUGGUUUUCAGUGGCAAAAAGGGAAAAAUAGUUGCUAAACUGAAAAGCCAGGAACGAAUGGCUGCAGCUGAAGGGGUGGCUAUUACUAAAGAUUAUUUUCUUGUGAUCUUCAGGUGCCCUUUCAUGCGAAAGCAAGAAACUAUUCUUAUAGAGCUCUACAAUGUCCAUACUUUUGCUUAUGCUCAUAGUCUGAAGGGAUGCUGCAAUGAUUAUAUUCACACUUUUGCUGUAAAUCAUUUGGGAUCUCACCUUGUUGCAUUCAGUCCUAUUCCAAAUACUGGCACUACUGAGAUUGUAUCAUGGAACUUGGAGUCUGAAGAUCACAAACACUUGGCUAAAUUUCCUUCAGUUCCUGUUGGUGGUAUAUGCUCUGACCUUCGAUAUUGUUUAGCAUUCUGUGAUGGAGAUAAUUACCUUCGAUCCUGGAACUUGGCUUCCAAGAUCAAUGACCAGUCUUUGACUGUCACUGCAAGCAACGCAAAGAAAACAAAUGGUAUUCAGGAUAUUGUGACAAUGAAAAACUAUCCCAGGUAUGCUGUGUGCCGAAACACAAGCCCAGGAGCCAUAACAGUAUGGAAUAUUGUAAAAUCCAAGUGUAAACGUAAUGCUGUGAGGGUGGAAAGGGGGCUGGCAGAGAACACAGACAUCGUACUGGCUAGAGACAUGAAACUUUAUAUACUUACAGGCAAGGGAAUAGCCUCCUUUGCAGAUCCUCCAAGAUCGAUUUUCCAGACGCUGUUAAUUUAUGAUCUCCUGAAAAAGAAGUACAUAAAGAAGCAGAGUGGGCUUUACAUAAUUCCUUCUCCAAGUAAUGAAUACAAGAUGCUAGAAGGAGGCCUUCUACUUGGUCUUUCUGAGAACAGAGACCAUUUUGUUACUUGGAACUUGGAGACAGGACUUAUUAAGGAUCGAUUAAGACCAGAAUACAAAGAAAAUUUUGUCUUGCAAUCUACUCAAGCCACUACCCAUUCCUCAUCCAAAGACAACAUAAAGAGACCCAAAGGAGUUUUGUAUAAAGAAAAAACAGCAUUAUGGCAUCCCUGGGAAAAGCGAAAUGAAACCAAUACUGGAAAGAAAAGGAAAAAAGAAAGGGCAUUACAACUGGAGGUGGAGACAUUACAAAAACUAGCUAAAGAGAAGAAUAAUACUAUUGAUCAGUUCCUCCUGAGUGGAGAUGAGAAGAUAGCUGUGUGUUCCUACUAUGCACAUCAUCUAUCAGUGUUCAGCUUGGAAACCAUGUCCUAUCUCCACACACUUGAGAGCAAAGAAUCAAUGCUUUUUUUAUAUAAUGCUGCCUUAACAUAUACUGGGCAUUAUCUAGUGCUUUCCAAUUACAGCGAAGAGGAAAAAAUCAGCUAUGUAACACUAUGGAAUUUAAUCACAGGAAAGGUUAGAAAAAGAUUAAAAAAUGAGCCUAAUGUCUGUUGUACAGCCAUUACUGCAGAUGGCAGUAGAAUAAUUUUUGGAGUGAUGGUGGAUAACCUGAUUAAAAUUUGGGACCCAUUUAAGCAUAAACACAAAUUAAUGCAAGGUUAUGAAGGCCUUGAUCUGACUGUGAAUAGCAAAUUGCACAUAUUAGAUGGAACAAAAGCAAUUCUACUUGCAGGUGAGGUCAGUUUCUGGGAUUUGGAGAAUGGCACAGUUAUAUCCAUCUUUACAUUUGAUAGCAAAAUCUCUUGCAUGACUGUUGCCUGUGACAAAAAGACAGUUCUUUUAGGCUUGAGCAACUGCUCUACUCUUACCACUUUGAAAAUGAUGAGCAUAAACACUGCUGAAAAUUCAAUAGGAAAAGAUUUGUUUGGAGAAGACUCAUCAAGCAGUGAAGAAGAACUUGAAAAUAUUUAAAAGAGAAUUUGAACAAAAUAAAAUCAUGAGCAUAAACAAAUGAAAGUUGACAUAGUUUAACAAUAUUUUUGUUUUAAAAGCAAUUGCACAUGACAUUUAAAAGAAUACAAUAAGCAAUUGCACAUAACAUAAAAAGACAAUACUAAUUUUCCUACCUGUAAAUUAUUUCUCCAUUCUCCCCAAUAAUUAUCUGCAAGUUGGAGAAAGAUACAACUGAUAAUGUACAAAAGUAACUGAAGAAAAUGAAGCUGCUGCCACCAGCUUUGCCUUUUUCUUAGCCCCAUAUGGCAUUGUAGAAAAUUAUGCAAGAUGAGAAUCUUUCAGUCUCUACUCCCCAUGUAAAAAAGUCAAGAAACUAAAGGAAAAUCCCCAUGACAGAAGAAGCUCUUCACUGAAAGGAAUGCAAGGAGAAUGCAGAGACUACUUUGACCAGUCAUAAACAUAAGAAUUACUGAACUCAACUGGAGUGAAAGAAAGAAUAAGUUUGUACAAAGGAUUUACUCACCUCAUUAUCAUUCUGCAGAAAAGGGGGAGUGGGGAAAUCUCCAUACGUUAAGGAUCUAUUCCACAACUUAUAUACCUAGAUUAUUAUUUUUUUAGGUGAUGGGUUUCUUUAGGAUUUGUUGGAUAAGUUUGACACUUUUCACUGAUUCAGGCAAAAGUAUUGCUACUCCUCACUUUUGCCCAAGAAUCCCAAUUUGCUAUAAAGUAAGUUGAAACUGACAAAAGUAAAUGCCAUUCACAUGACAGUUCAUACAACAGACACUCUGAUGUAUGAUUUAACAUAUUCUUGUAAUUAUUAGAUGAAACAAGUCAAUACUUUUGGCUAGCAGCAAGCAGAGAGAGACUUUGUAGUAAAACAUAGAAAACAUGUAUUCUCUCUCUGCAAGAGGAAAAGGUGCCAGUUUUUUUAUAUCAACUAUAAAACAAGUUAAUGAUAAAAUAUACUAUUACUUAUUAGCCCAUUUUGUGAGGCAAUUUCCCUUUUUGUCAUGCUAAAUAUUGCUCAUUAAUACUUUUUUGGGUUAUACUGAAACAUGCACAGAUAUGUUUUAGGUACUAUAUUGUGUGAUGCAACAUAGAAUAUAUGCUACUAUGUAAACUGCAA